GCUUGCCCGGGAGUACGAAAGUAGGCGCGGGUUUCCUAGUGCUCUGAUCCGGCUGCGCCGUAGCAUGACCCAGUCGGUGGUCGUACAGGGUAAGCUGCGCGGGAGGGUGGGCACUCCGUCGCCGCGCAGCCGAAUGGCCUUGUUUGCCACCUAAUGGCUACUCUGUUUCCCUCUUCUCGCUGAGCGCAGUCGGCCAGUGCGGAAACCAGAUCGGCUGCUGCUUCUGGGAUCUGGCGCUAAGGGAGCAUGCCGCGGUCAACCAGAAAGGAAUUUAUGAUGAGGCAAUAAGCAGCUUCUUUAGAAAUGUGGAUACCAGGCUGUCUUGAUUGACAUGGAGGAAGGGGUAGUAAAUGAAAUUCUGCAGGGACCAUUGAGGGAUGUGUUUGACAGCAAGCAGCUCAUCACUGAUAUUUCUGGCUCAGGGAACAAUUGGGCUGUGGGGCACAAAGUUUUUGGCAGUCUUUAUCAAGAACAAAUUUUAGAGAAACUCAGAAAGUCGGCAGAGCACUGUGAUUGUUUGCAGUGUUUUUUUAUAAUACAUUCCAUGGGAGGAGGAACAGGAUCUGGACUUGGCACAUUUCUUUUAAAGGUGCUUGAGGAUGAAUUUCCAGAAGUGUACAGAUUCGUGACGUCAAUUUAUCCUUCUGGUGAGGAUGAUGUCAUAACCUCGCCUUACAAUAGCAUCUUGGCAAUGAAGGAACUUAAUGAGCAUGCAGACUGUGUGUUGCCCAUUGACAACCAAUCUUUAUUUGACAUCAUUAGCAAAAUUGACCUGAUGGUGAAUUCUGGAAAGUUGGGCACAACUGUAAAGCCAAAGAGUCUGGUUACUUCAAGUGCUGGAGCUGUUAAAAAACGGCACCAGAAGCCCUUUGAUGCAAUGAACAACAUUGUGGCCAAUUUGCUGCUGAACCUAACAAGCUCUGCAAGGUUUGAGGGGUCCCUUAAUAUGGACCUUAAUGAAAUCAGCAUGAAUUUAGUUCCUUUUCCUCAGUUGCAUUAUCUUGUGUCAAGCCUAACACCUCUAUAUACCCUGGCAGAUGUUAACAUUCCUACCCGAAGGUUGGAUCAGAUGUUUUCAGAUGCCUUUAGUAAAGAUCACCAGCUAAUUCGGGCUGACCCCAAACAUAGUCUCUACCUCGCCUGUGCCCUUAUGGUCAGAGGAAAUGUACAGGUUUCAGAUCUUCGCAGAAAUAUUGAAAGAUUAAAACCUUCUCUACAGUUUGUCUCGUGGAAUCAAGAAGGCUGGAAAACCAGCUUGUGUUCAGUACCUCCUGUGGGCCAUUCCCAUUCAUUAUUAGCUCUAGCAAAUAACACAUGUGUGAAGCCUACCUUCAUGGAACUGAAAGAGAGGUUCAUGAGGCUGUACAGGAAAAAGGCUCAUCUUCACCACUAUCUGCAAAUUGAAGGGAUGGAAGAAAGCUGUUUCAUGGAAGCCGUGUCAUCUUUAUCAGGGCUCGUAGAGGAAUACAACCAGCUGGAUGCCACGAAGAGCAUGCCCGUGGAAGAUUUACCUAGACUAAGCAUAGCUGUGUAAAAAAGAAACCCCAAAAUACAACUUUUACGUUUCUUAAGUUUACAUUGGUUUUUGUCACCUUUUCUUUCUGUUUCAGAAUUUUUGUGAUUCAGAAAACCCAGUUUGCACUUUUCCUAUUAGAAAGCAUAUUUGUCUUUUAAAAAAAAAGUGAUUUUCAUUUCAUCACAAUUUCUGGAUGACACCAGUCUGUGAAAUUAGUGAAGUCCUAGUACCUUAACUUCAAAUAUUUGUCUCCAGAAAAUUCCCCUUUUCUAAAAUUGAGAAAACAGAGUUCUUCAAAUUUUUAUUUAUAGUCUCGUAUUUAGGCAUUUAUACAAUGAUAAUCAUGUCUUCAAUAAAAUCUUACAAGGUAUAUUUUUAUAUUUAUUUAUAAUUUAUUUUUUCAUAUUCUGUUUAAAUUCUCCUGAUCUUUUAAAAGCAAGUACGAGGAGUAGUAGAAGAACACAGUAUAAAUACUUCUGUGUAAUACCCACUAACUUUUCAGGGACAGCUGUAAAGGAGGUUUUGUUGCUGCUUUGGGUAACCACAUGUUUGCACUCAAAAGAAUCACAUUUAUUUUAACAUGUGUAUGUAUUAAAUUAUCUUUAAAUAUAUAAUGCUUUUUUAUUAAACCAGUUGAUUUUAUAAUAAUAAAUGUCUGUAUUUAUA